CUGCAGGUUGGAGAGGGCGCCGAGGACUACAGGUCCCAUUGUGCCUAGCGACCACUUCCGGGUCUCGGCGGACUCCGGGCGGCGCGGCAGUGGCCUGUGAAUUCCGCCAUGCUGCGCGUGCUGAGCGGCCUGGGCGUCCGGCCCCCGUGCCGGCCCAUGGUCCUGCAGCUGUUGCCGGCGCGCGGCCGCAAGACCCGCCACGACCCGCCAGCCAAGUCCAAGGUCGGGCGCGUGAAGACGCCGCCCUUGGUGGACCCUGCGGAGUACUUAGUGCUGAUGCAGCGGUAUCAGCAGUACCGCCAGACCGUGCGCGCCAUCAGGCAGGAGUUCGUGUCCGAGGUGCGGAAAAAGGUGCACGAGGCCCGAGCCGGGGUCCUGGCGGAGCGCAAGGCCCUGCAGGACGCCGCCGAUCACAGGGAUCUGAUGGCCUGGAACCAGGCGGAGAACCAGCGUCUGCACCAGUUACGAAUAGAGAGGCUGCAGCGGGAGGCGCAGGAGCUGAAGCAGCGGCGGGCCGAGGAGCAGGACCGUCAGGCCCAAGAGGCGAAGGCCUGGGUGCAGCUCAAGGAGCGAGAAGUUCUGCAGCUGCAGGAGGAGGCAAAAACCUUCAUCACUCGAGAGAACCUGGAGGCACGAGUGGAAGAAGCAUUGGACUCCCAGAAGAGCUACAACUGGGUCAUCACUAAAGAGGGGCUGGUGGUCAGGCCACAGCACAAGGGAUCCUAGGGGCCCAGUAAGGACAGUGCCCAUCCAGGGACCAUGUGUUUAUGGAGAGUAGAGUAGGACGGUUGGAAUAAAGCAGUUGGUGCUUCUUAUGAGGCAGGCUUAGGUGUUUCCAGCCAUGGCCCUCAGAGCCUGGCCUCUGCACCAGCCACUUGGUCAGAACCCCCAUGUAUGGCCUCAGCACAGCACCAGGCGCUAGAGUGGCUUCCACUUCACAGAUCAGACUGGGCCACAGCCCUAGUAAGGCAGCCAAGUUAUGUCCUACGUACCAUCACAGGCCAGAUGUGGCCUACUGUCUAUUUAUGUUUGGGGGUUUAUUUUUUUGUUGUUGUUGCCCUGAGUAGAGCGCCAUGGCAUCAUCAUAGCUCACAGCAACCUCAAACUCUUGGUAAUCCUCUUGCCUCA